CAUACUUCGAGCACCCAACAACAACCCUUCUCAAUUACCUCAAUCAAAACCCAAUCGCAAACAUGAAGUUCACCACUUCCCUCUUGACCCUUGCUGGUCUUGCCUCCCUUGCCAUUGCUUCUGCCAUCCCAGGCACUGCCGAGCUCCCCAGCUGUGGCUACAAGAACUAUCCAACUGGUAUCAUGACCUUCAAGGGUACCAUUGAUGGUCAUCAAGUCCAACUCAAUGGCUCUGCCCAGGAGAUCAACACCCAGAUGACUGCCAAGUUCCCUGGCUUCAACCCCGAUGCCCUCGUCGCCGCCAAGUUUGCUAGCCGUGAUGCUGCUGUCAACUUGUUCGCUCGCAACAAGUCUCCACCGGUCCUCUGCUGGCCCGUUGCUGGUCAAGAUUGGUCCUUCUGCAAUGCCGCCACCAUUCAAGACGGUAUCAACUACCUCGACAACUUCGAUGGUCUCUGCGGUGUCCCUGGUACCACCUGCGUUCGUAUCUCCUGCUCGUACAACGCCGCUAUCUACCUCUGCAACGACAACGCCUAUGGCAUCACCCCCAACUGUGCUUACAUGGCCUCCUAUGCUACCGACAUCAUCAACGACUGCGUUUUCUAUGACGAUCAAGGAAACGCUUAUGUCUGUGGACAGGAGUUCGAUACCGAUGGCUACAACAUCAUCGUCCGUGAGGACUCUUGCUAG